GACUCUGAAAGCAGUGCUUUCUGCCUUAGGGCUUUCCAAUUUCCAUGCUGAAAAGACGUUGAAUUGAACCCCGGCCUGAUUAGAUUCGGUUACCAGAGGCCGAGUACGUAAGCCGGUCAUCGUUCCGCAGCUGUGUUUCUUUUGUUUGGCCCAUCUCCGGUCCAUGUGUUCCCUUAAUGAAUUUGAUCUUAUAUUCUCCGGUUCGACGCUGAAUCGAAAGUCUGAGCAUCUCAUACUCUCCAGCGUUUCACAGAACAGCUGUGACGUUGACAGCUUCCAAAAACAAGUCUUCCCCCAUCUUUUUAGCUUGAUUUUUUCAAGAUUAAAUCGAGAAUUUUGAUUUAUCCACGGCAGGCGAUUGGCACAGUAUGCUACUUUUGCGAACUUUCAUGGUUUUUUUUUUUUGGAAAUUCUUGAAUUUCGAAGUCCUCCAAGCUCAAAUUAGCCAUAAUUCCUGUUUCGGAAGAUCGAAUCUGUCUAAGUAUGAAGUCUCUCAGCCCCGUUCUGAACUGACGACGUUCUUUUGGCUCGGGAACUAACAGUGCUCUCCCGGACGAAGUUCUGAUCUCCAAUCGACUUUGAGAUGGAAGGACCAACUGGAAAUAGUGCUAGCACUGUAGAUACAUUUUUACGGAACUAUAGACUUGGGAAGACACUUGGUAUUGGGUCAUUUGGCAAGGUUAAAAUUGCAGAACACAUGUUAACUGGGCACAAAGUUGCUGUGAAAAUUCUCAACCGCCGUAAGAUAAGAGGAAUGGAAAUGGAAGAAAAAGUGAAACGAGAAAUUAAGAUAUUGAGAUUAUUUAUGCAUCCUCAUAUUAUACGACUUUAUGAGGUUAUAGAGACAUCAACAGACAUUUAUGUGGUCAUGGAAUAUGUGAAGUCUGGGGAACUAUUUGACUACAUUGUAGAAAAGGGUAGGUUACACGAGGAUGAAGCUCGCCAUUUUUUCCAGCAGAUUAUAUCUGGUGUGGAGUACUGCCACAGAAAUAUGGUGGUUCAUCGGGACCUCAAGCCAGAAAAUCUACUUUUGGAUUCAAAGUUCAAUGUGAAGAUUGCUGAUUUUGGUUUGAGCAAUGUCAUGAGGGAUGGCCAUUUUCUAAAGACAAGCUGUGGAAGCCCAAACUAUGCUGCUCCAGAGGUUAUUUCUGGGAAACUAUAUGCAGGGCCUGAGGUAGAUGUUUGGAGCUGUGGUGUUAUCUUGUAUGCUCUUCUUUGUGGUACUCUUCCCUUUGACGACGAAAACAUUCCUAACCUAUUCAAGAAAAUUAAGGGUGGAAUUUAUACACUUCCAAGUCAUUUGUCAGCUGGGGCAAGGGAUUUAAUUCCACGGAUGCUUAUUGUUGACCCCAUGAAGCGAAUGACAAUUCCUGAGAUCCGAAAGCACCCAUGGUUUCAGGCACACCUGCCUCGGUAUUUGACAGUGCCUCCACCAGAUACCAAGGAACAAGCUAAAAAGAUUGAUAAGGAUAUUCUUCAGGAAGUAGUUAAUUUGGGAUUUGAUAGAAAACACCUGAUUGAAUCUCUUCAAGAAAGAAUACAGAAUGAGGCAACUGUUACAUAUUACCUGCUCUUGGACAACAGAUUCCGGGUUUCUAAUGGUUAUCUUGGAGCAGAGUUUCAAGAAUCAAUGGAAUGUGGGUUCACUGGCAUGCAUCCUGGUGAAAUGUCAGCUUCCGCCAUUGGGAACCACCUUACAGGAUAUAUGGAUCAUCAAGGAAUUGGAUUACGGACCCAGUUUCCAUCUGAGAGAAAAUGGGCUCUUGGACUUCAGUCUCGAGCCCACCCUCGUGAGAUAAUGACAGAGGUUCUCAAAGCUUUGCAAGAACUGAAUGUUGGUUGGAAAAAGAUUGGGCACUACAACAUGAAGUGCAAAUGGUUUCCUGGCUUUUCUGGGCAUCAAGAAAGCAUGGUCAACAAUGUGGUGCAUGGUAACCAUUAUUUUGGAGAGGAUGAUGGAAUUAUGAGGUCAUCCACUGUGGUCAAAUUUGAAUUGCAGCUAUACAAGACGCGUGAAGAGAAGUAUCUGCUCGAUUUACAGAGGGUGAAUGGGCCUCAGUUCCUCUUCCUGGAUCUCUGUGCUGCUUUCCUUACUCAGCUUCGGGUCCUCUGAAGUAAAGUAACGACCCUUUGAGAGGAUGAGUUCAUGGAAGGUUUCAUGAUGCUUGCUGCUGUAUAUGUGCUGAUUUACUUGUUUUAUAACUGAUGCUGUACAUGUGCUCGACUUGAACAAUACCUGGUGUACUAAGUUUAUCUCCGAUUAAUGACUAAUAGCAAUCAAAGCCGUCUCUGCAGGUAAUCGUACAAGUUGUAAAUUGAAACUUGUAUUAGUUUAGACAUUUCUUUUAUUUA